GGCUUGGGGAAAGCACAGUGCUGCAGAGCUUCAAAUCCCCACGCCGUUUCUUUCUUCCUGAACCAGCGCCCUCUUCGCCGCUAUGAGUCUCCUGCCCAGUCGCGCUGCCCGCUCGCUGUGCGCGCUGCUCGCACUGCUGCUACUGACGCCGCCGGGGCCGCUCGCCAGCGCUGGUCCUUCUGCGGUCGUGGUGAGAGAGCUGCGUUGCGUGUGUUUAACCAUAAAACCCACGAUCAAUCCCAAAAUGAUCAGUAAUCUGCAGGUGAUCGCUGCAGGUCCGCAGUGUCCCAAAGUGGAACUAAUAGCCACCUUGAAGAACGGGAAGGACGUCUGUCUGGACCCAGAAGUUCCUUUGAUUAAGAAAAUCAUCCAGAAACUUUUGGACAGAGGAAACAAGAAAAAUUAAGAGAAAGGGCCAUGCGUUGGAAAAACUGCUCACUUCUUCAGCAGAAGUUUCCCAGAGAUCUCUGGACCCAAAGAAGAUAAAAAGGAAGGGCUGAUUUUCUCCAGUGAGUUAGGUUUCUUCAUGAAUUCCCCGCUUUGAGAGAAGGAUAGGAGGAGGGACUAUAUUGGUCCCUGAAGCUUUCUGGUCAGCUUAUGAAGAAUUUUACAUAGUAUUUCCUGCUAUUUAAUUGCUGUUAUUUUAUCUGCUAUGCUAUUAAAAUCUUUGACAAUUGACUAAAUAGUGAGCCAAGAAUCACUGCUUGUUAAUUUUUCAAGGUAGCUAGUGUAUUUCUAAGAUAUAUUCCCUAGAGUGUUACUGAAAAAGCUGUGCAUUUAAUAUAUGAAUGUUAUUUCGUUAGAAUGUUAUCUAAGACGUUAAACUGUUACCCUUACUUUUCUCAUGAAAUCAGAAUUAUUUUAGUAUUGUUUCUUGGGGAAUACAUUGGAGAAUUUCCUUACUCUUUACCCUGGGAUUGUGUUUAAGUUAUAUUGCGUUAGAAAGCUGGGUGCAUCAUACAUUUACCUGUAUAGAAUAUAUUUCCUUAUUUAGAAUUUCUAAAUGUUUAAGUUCUAUAAGGAGCAAUAUAUUCUUUUCCUAUAACUUUAGACAUUUGAUGUCUUCUUAGUAUGGCAUAAUGUCAUGACUUACUCAUUAAACUUUGAUUUUAUAUUGUAUUUAUUAACUAUUUUAUUAGGAGUACUGUAAUUUUAAUCACUAAAUAUAUGUUUUCGCUAGAUGAAGCAGCUAAAAAAGAAGUAAAUUCCUUAUGGCUAGUUUUUAUAGAAAUGCAUUCCUUUAGCUUUUUUUUUUUAAAGAAUAAAGCAACCUAACAAUGAUUUGUACUCAAAAUUUUGAAAAUAUAUUUGAGUUAUUUGAAUAUAAA